GUGCCACCCGCAGCGUGCAGGGACAGGGCCUUUGCAGCCAUGGCCCAGCGCUGGGGCCCCCAUGCACUUUCGGGUGUACAGGCGCAGGAUGCCUAUGAGGACAGCACCCAGGCAAGCUUGUUCACCUACACCAACAGCAACAACACGCGAGGCCCCUUCGAAGGCCCCAACUACCACAUCGCACCCAGGUGGGUGUACCACCUCACCAGCGCCUGGAUGACCAUCGUGGUCAUCGCAUCCAUCUUUACCAACGGGCUUGUACUAGUGGCCACCAUGCGCUUCAAGAAGCUGCGCCACCCACUGAACUGGAUCCUGGUGAACCUGGCGGUGGCUGACCUAGCAGAAACAGUCAUAGCCAGCACCAUCAGUGUCGUGAACCAGGUCUACGGCUACUUCGUGCUGGGCCACCCUCUGUGUGUCGUGGAGGGCUACACCGUCUCCCUGUGUGGUAAGGUUGGCUGGGCAGCCCCACGCAUCACGGGCCUCUGGUCCCUGGCCAUCAUCUCCUGGGAGAGGUGGCUGGUGGUGUGCAAGCCCUUUGGCAACGUGAGGUUUGACGCCAAGCUGGCCAUAGUGGGCAUCGUGUUCUCCUGGGUGUGGUCUGCCGUCUGGACGGCCCCGCCCAUCUUCGGUUGGAGCAGAUACUGGCCCUAUGGCCUGAAGACAUCCUGCGGCCCCGACGUGUUCAGCGGCACCUCAUACCCGGGCGUACAGUCCUACAUGAUGGUGCUCAUGGUCACCUGCUGCAUCACCCCACUCAGCAUCAUCGUGCUGUGCUACCUGCACGUGUGGCUGGCCAUCCGGGCGGUGGCGAAGCAACAGAAAGAGUCAGAAUCCACGCAGAAGGCCGAGAAGGAGGUGACACGCAUGGUGGUGGUGAUGGUCCUAGCCUACUGCCUCUGCUGGGGGCCUUAUGCCUUCUUCGCGUGCUUUGCCACUGCUAACCCUGGCUACUCGUUCCACCCUCUGGUGGCUGCUCUGCCCGCCUACUUUGCCAAAAGUGCCACCAUCUACAACCCCAUCAUCUAUGUCUUCAUGAACCGGCAGUUUCGAAACUGCAUCUUGCAGCUUUUUGGAAAGAAGGUUGAGGACAGCUCCGAACUCUCCAGCACCUCCAGGACAGAGGCCUCCUCCGUGUCUUCCGUGUCCCCUGCAUGAAGGCUGCCCUCACCCACCCACCCACCCCAGCUCCGGCCCCCUCUCCCCCUCUCUUCCCAUCCCUGUGAAAUAAAUGGAAUUUCUCUUUGCCAGAA